CACUGCUUCCUGUCGCCAAGAGUUUCUAGAAAUUUGCCUUGAAUAUGAACACUCAGCAAAAAUCACAGGACAACGCCAUUGUCAGAAUAGCGGCUCAUUUACCAGACCUCAUUGUCUAUGGAAAUUUCUCUCCGGAGCGGCCCUCCAUGGAUUAUUUUGAUGGAGUCCUGAUGUUCGUUGAUAUUUCAGGUUUCACUGCCAUGAUGGAGAAGUUCAGCACCGCCAUGUACAUGGACCGAGGGGCCGAGCAGCUGGUGGACAUCCUGAACCACUACAUAAGCGCCAUCGUGGAGAAAGUGUUGCUUUUUGGAGGAGACAUCCUGAAAUUUGCAGGUGACGCACUGCUAGCCCUGUGGAAGGUGGAACGGAAGCAACUGAAAAACAUCAUCACCGUGGUCGUUAAAUGCAGCCUGGAGAUACACGGCCUGUUUGACAACAAGGAGAUGGAGGAAGAAGGCCUGGACAUCCGAGUGAAGAUAGGGUUGUCCGCUGGCCACAUCACCUUGGUGGUCUUCGGGGACGAGAGACGCAACCACUUCCUGGUGACCGGCCAGGCGGUGGACGACGUGCGGCUGGCACAGAACCUGGCGCAGAUGAAUGACGUCAUCCUGUCCCCCAACUGCUGGCAGCUGUGUGACCGGAACAUGGUCGAAAUCGAGAGGAUUCCGGACCAGAGAGUGGUGAAGGUUAAGUUCUUAAAACUACCUUCCACUUUUAACUUUGAUGAAUUUUUCAAAAAGUGUAUGGCCUUCAUGAACUAUUAUCCUUCUAGUCAGCUCAAAACGCUGAGGCUGUCCUGCCUGCUGGAGUCCAACACGGAGCUGGAGGAGUCGCUGCAGAAGUAUGUGAUGGAGAGCAUCCUGAAGCAGAUCGAUGACAGACAGCUCCGCGGCUAUUUGUCUGAGCUUCGCCCGGUGACAAUUGUGUUUGUGAACCUGCUGUUUAAAGACCAGAACAAGGUGGAAGUGGUAGGCUCGGCCAUCCAGGACGCCUGUGAACACAUCACCUCAGUCCUGCAGGCCUUCCGAGGCCAGAUCAACAAAGUCUUCAUGUUCGACAAGGGCUGCUCUUUCCUCUGCGUCUUUGGUUUCCCUGGAGAGAAGGAGCCCAACGAGGUCACCCACGCCCUGGAGAGCGCUGUGGACAUAUUUGACUUCUGCUCAAAGGUCCCCAAGAUCCAUACCGUGUCCGUGGGCGUGGCCAGCGGCACCGUCUUCUGUGGGAUCAUCGGACACACCGUGAGACACGAGUACACAGUCAUUGGUCAGAAGGUCAACAUCGCUGCCAGGAUGAUGAUGUACUACCCGGGAAUCGUGACUUGUGACUCUGUCACCUACAAUAGCAGCAGCCUCCCAGCCUACUUCUUUAAAGAAGUUCCCAAGAAAGUUAUGAAAGGCGUUGCAGAUUCGGGUCCGGUCUACCAGUGCUUGGGCCUCAACGAGGAAGUUGUGUUCGGCAUGGCGAACCUCAGGGCCAAAGGAAAUGAGGGCUACCCUUUGCUGGGACGUGACAAGGAGAUCAAGUACUUCAUGGACAACAUGAAGAGGUUCCUGAUAUCCGGCUGCAGCCGAGUGCUCAUAUACGAAGGCACAGCAGGGUACGGGAAGAGUCAGAUCCUCAAGGAGAUCGAGUACCUGGCCCAAGGGGAGAGGCACAGGACUGUUGCUAUUGCACUGACAAAGAUCAGCUUCCACCAGAAUUUUUAUACUAUCCAGAUAUUCAUGGCCAACGUGCUAGGUCUGGACACUUGUAAACAUUACAAGGAGCGACAGUCCAAUAUUCAAAAUAAAGUCAAGAGACUGAUGGAUGAGAAGUUCUACUGCCUCCUUAAUGACAUUUUCCAUGUCCAGUUUCCCACUUCCCGGGAGAUUUCCAGGAUGAAUGCCUUGAGAAAGCAGAAGCAAGUGGAAAAACUGUUUAUGAAGAUCUUGGAGAAAACAUCCAGAAGGCAGAGGAUUAUUCUCAUCAUCGACAAGGCCCAGUUUGUGGACAAGACGUCCUGGGCGUUCCUGGAGAAGCUGAUCCAGACGGUCCCCAUCUUCAUCAUCAUGUCGCUGUCGCCCUUCAUGGAAGAUCCCUGUGCCGCCGCCAACACCAUCAUGAAGAACCGGAACACCACCUACGUCACGCUGGGUGCCGUCCUGCCCAAGGACAUCCGCAACAAGGCCUGUUUCGACCUCAACGUGACCGGCAUCUCUAGAGAGCUGGACAUGUACCUGGUGGAGGUGAGCUGCGGGAUUCCCUCUUACUGUCAAGAGUUGCUGCUAAACCUCGACCACCACAAGGUGCUCCUUUUCCGAGCGAGGGAGUCUGAGGAAAAGUCCACCGUGACCUGGAAUAACAUGUUCAAGAGUUUCGUUAAGUCAACGGAUGAAUUAAAAAUAUAUUUUAAUGUGGAGGAGAGAAAUGACGUUGUCUGUACCCUUGCAAGUGGUGUCAGACUGAAAAACUUGUCACUCCCAACCUCAUUAAAAGAAGUCUCCUUGAUCCAGCUGGACAGCAUGAGCCUCUCCCACCAGAUGCUGGUGAGGUGUGCAGCCAUCACAGGCCUGACCUGCACCACGGAGAUGCUCUUCGAGAUCCUGCCCUGCUGGGACGUGAAGAUGAUGAUCGAGGCCCUGACCACCCUGGUGGAAGCAGAUGUCUUCGUCUGUUUCCAGAAUGGCAAGGACCUGCGCUUGGCCCAGCAGCAGGAUGCCUCCUUCGAGAUACAUCAUCGUUCCUUGUCCCUGAACCCCGGCAAAGGGAUGGAUGACAAAGGGUUCCAGGAGCUGUACAACAAGGUGAUCCAGUGCCACAUCAUCCGAUUCUGCAGGCCUAUGAUGCAGAAGACAGCCUACGAGCUGUGGCUCAAGGACGAGAAGAAAGCCAUGCAUCUGAAAUGUGCCCACUUCCUGGAGGAAAAUGCCCACCGAUGCGGCCGCUGCCGAGGCGCCAACUUCAUUCCCUAUCACCACUUCGCGGUGGACAUUUGCCUCAACAAACUGGACAUAGGCACCAUGAGGGAGCUGGUUAAAUCCCACAGUCAUCAACGUAAACUACCCUGGUUCCCAACGAACCAUAACUAUUCCUGGGGCACUUGGAGGCUGAGAUCUAGGACUGAAGAAGAGACCCUGGCUCCUAAAUUAGACCUUCAUAAGAAACCCGAGCUAUUUCCUGAAGACCUCAGCCCCAAGGAGGUAAGGGAACAGAUCUUGGGGUUCUUCGACACAGUGAUAACCAAAAUGAAGGAGGGAGAGGAGACUGUCCUCCCCCAGGAGUCCUGCCAGUGUGAGGAGGUCCUCACCAUCACCAUGCUGCCCCUGGCCCAGCACUUUGUGGCUUUGGAAGAAAACCACAAGGCCUUGUAUUACUUCCUGGAAAUCGCAUCCGCCUGCCUCCUCCUGGGUGAUAACUACAUGGCAUAUGUGCAUUUGAAUGAGGGACAUAGGCUGCUGAGAAUACUCAAGAGGGAAAAAUCUUGGAAUCAGACUUUCGAGUUGGCUACUUUUUAUACCCUCAAAGGUCGGAUCUGCUUUAAUAUGGGCCAGAUGGUGCUUGCCAAGAAAACGCUGAAGAAGGCACUGAAGCUCCUCAACUGCGUCUUUCCUCACAACUUAUUUUCUCUAUUCUUCCAUGAUCACAUGGAGAAAAAGAAACACUCCCAUUAUUUGAACCAGCAGGUCCAAGACAGCCCCCAACCAGGGAAGAAGAGGCUGGCAGAACUCUACCAGCAGGUGGUCUGCUUUUCCUUGCUGUGGAAGAUCUACAGCAUGGAUGAUUAUUUUCACCACAAGUAUUAUGCCCACCUAACAGCUAUGAUGCAGGUGAACACUGCCCUGGAGACACAAAAUGAUUUCCAGAUCCUGAAGGCUUUCCUGGACUACUCGCUGUUCCACCAACUGACUGGCCACCAGGGUGCGUGGUUCGCCUACGAGCUCAAGGCCGUGGAGCGGAUCUGCCGCCUCCCGCUGGAAGGCGAGGCCAUCGAGAUGGUGGCCUAUGUGGCCUACAAACUGGGUCACAUCAAGUUCUUCACGGGUCACCUGGACCUGGCCAUCGAGUUAGGCUUCCGCGCUCACAACAUGUGGGCCCUGCUGCAGAACCCCAACAAGUACUGCUCCGUGCUCUGCAGACUCUCCAGCUCUCUCCUGCUGAGAAACAGAUACAAGCAGCUGAUCCAGGUGCUGGAGUCGCUGUGGCAGCUGUCCGCAGAAGAAGAGCACAUUUUCAGCAAGGCGUACUUCUAUUUCGUCUGCUUGGACCUUAUGCUUUAUUGUGGCUUCGUUUACAGACCGUUUGAGGAGUGCCUGCAGUUCAUAAACCUCCAGGAGGAGAACACCAUCCUCCGGUUCCACAGCGGAAUCCUCCUGGGACUUUAUUCGGACCUGGCUAUCUGGUACGGCAGGCUUCAGGAGUGGGACAACUUCUCCAGCUUCUUCAGUAAAGCUAAAAGUCUGGUGUCACGGAGAACCCUGACGACUGAUUACUAUGAAGGAACUGUAAAGUACAUGGAAGGGCAGGUUCUCCACCUCCAAAAGCAAAUCGAAGAGCAAUCCCACAAGGCCCAGGACAGCGGGGUGCAGCUGCUCAAGAACUUGGAGAAUCUCCUGUCUCAGAAGCCCACCGGGGCCGUGUUCCACCCGCGCCUCUACCACUUGAUGGCCUACGUGUGCAUGCUCAUGGGAGACGGGCGCAACUGCGACCUCUUCCUGAGCAAAGCGAUGGAGAUCUCCAACACGCAGGGCAACACGCAGGAGAAGAGCUGGCUGCUCCGGAGCAAGGAAUGGUGGUACUCAAAUGCGGAGCUCAUGGAAGACCAGUGGCUUCACACGGUCCUGAAUCUCCCAUCCUGGGAAAAAAUUGUAUCAGGCAGGGUGAGCAUCCAGGACAUUCAAAAAAACAAGUUCCUGAUGAGGGUUAAUAUCCUGGACACUCCCUUCUGACAUUUCCUGCAAGAGAACUAACGGUGGCUCUAACCUCAAGCAUCGCACACUGCAGAUGAGGGUCUGUAAGUUGAAGUAUCCAUAAUUCUGAUGUCAGUGUCUUUUACAAGCAUAAACUGUAUGUAUAUUUGAA